ACAACUUUCACUCUAGAGACAGCUCUAUAAUACUGAAUAAAACUACCAGUCGAAAGUAUCAUAACAAACAAGCAAAUCCUCCUCAAAAUGUUGGGGUGAGGUUCUCCCAACUUUGCUUAAUGUACUUAUGUACAGAAAAAUGUUGUACUAUGGGGUAAACUUUAUGAUUGGACUAACAUGGCAUUGUAACUGAAACAUUACAUGGGUCCACAAUCAUUUCUCACCUUCUUGACCUCUGACAGGGUGUAUUUUCCCUCAGCAUACUAAGCAAAACUAAGUAUAUAUUAAACAUUUGGUGGCCACAGAAUAGAAUUGAAAAAUUAUUAUAGGAGAACUGUUGUUGGGAAGGCCAAAUAAAGGUGGCUGAACGUGCUUGUUAAAAGUGGUCUUUUAAUGGAGGUUUAAAUUACAAUUAUAUUUCACAAUAAAUUAUCAUUUUUUGGACUUGAUUGCAUUUCAUUUUACCACAUUUUUUUUAGAAAUGGGUCCUUCACCUGUUUUUCUUCAAAAACCAAGAAAUGUGACAGAAAACUUGUACCAAACAGUGUAUUUCCGUUGCCAAGCAAUUGGAUUUCCAAAACCAACAAUUAAAUGGGUAAAGUAUAAUAAUUCAUCCGGUAACCAAGAGACUGUGGUCAAGACCAAUGGGAGAUUUGUGAUAGGCAUGAAUGGAUAUCUUUUCAUCCUGGGUGUGGAGUAUUCUGAUUCAGGACGAUAUGCCUGUAUAGCUCAGAAUACAAAUGGCAGAAUUAUAGCUUAUACACAUCUCAGUGUAACAGGUAAGAUCCCCCGUUUAAAAAAGCAAAAAGAAAGAACAAACAAACAAUGGUAGCAGCAGGCACAAACAAAUUCUAAACUAGAAAAUAAAUUACAUGAAUCGCAGAACCUCGCGAAGCAGAAGCAGAGGCUAGGGGUCAGAAGUUAAGAAAGAAACAGAAAGAAUUUAUAGCUAUCACCCUUUUUUAUGAUAAUUUUUUUUCCUCAUUAAAAAACAAUUAAACCAAACAAUAAAUACCAGGGAAACAAAGAAGAAAAAAAUAGUAAAAUACAGGAUUUGAAACCAGGCUGUUCAGUUCAGCUUUGGUUGAUCUUUUGCUCUGUGCUUCCAUUUUAAAGGCCUAUUGUGGUUCAGUCAGGCCAUAAGAUUUUGUACAGGUGACGUGCAGGAAAUGACUAAUGUUAUUUAUUGGUUCACACUGAUUGGUCAGAAACAUAUAAAUUAACUUUACUGAAAUAGUUUCUUUUGUUUAUUUACAGCUGCAGUGAGCACUAAAAUGUUUACUCAGUCGUGGCCAGUCCGAAAGGGACUUAAUAUCAUAUCUUGUUUGGAAUUUGAAAAGGCUAAAGAACUGAAGAAGAAAGUAUGCUUGGUUGCAUAUAACAAGUACGAACCUGAUAGCAUACAUUACAGUUUUAUUGUUGGGAUUAAUCUGUGCGGCAGUAGUACAGCAAUACAGUGGAACAAGACAAUGCUCAAGUCAGAAAAAUACAUAUUGUAUGAAGGGGGCUAGUUUAUAGGAAUUCAAGUUUUAAAAGAAGACAAUAAUAGCAAGUACUUUUGCUCUGUACGUGGCCCAGAGUGCAGGGAAUCAAUUCAAAUGCAACUAAUAUUUGUAGAAG